UGUGCAUGCUCGGUGCUGGAGAGAGUCCGACAGCUGAGGUGAUCUGACACUCGGAGGAGGCGCAGUCAAUGAGGGACCGAGCCAAGAAGUGAACCGGUGUGCGUGCGGUCCAAAAACGCCCUCUAAGCGCGAGGGUGGCGAGGAGGGACUGAAGAGGAAAAAAUAAGAACUAAAUCCCUCCCUUGCUCUGACACAGGAAGAUAGACUGCACAUUGCAUCGCAAAGAUGGGGAACCGGGGAAUGGAGGAUUUGAUUCCUCUGGUGAACCGCAUGCAGGAUGCCUUCUCCGCCAUCGGCCAGAACGCGAACCUGGACCUGCCGCAGAUCGCCGUGGUGGGCGGCCAGAGUGCGGGGAAGAGCUCGGUGCUGGAGAACUUCGUCGGGAAGGAUUUCCUUCCCCGUGGUUCUGGCAUUGUGACUCGUCGUCCUUUGGUUCUGCAGCUGAUGAACUGCCCCACAGAAUAUGCUGAGUUCCUCCACUGUAAGGGCAAAAAGUUUAUAGAUUUUGAUGAGGUCCGGCAGGAAAUCGAGGCAGAGACUGACCGCAUCACCGGGGCCAACAAGGGCAUCUCCCCUGUGCCCAUUAACCUGCGUGUUUACUCCCCCAAUGUGCUGAACCUGACCCUGGUGGACCUGCCGGGGAUGACCAAGGUGCCGGUGGGCGACCAGCCUGCAGACAUCGAGUCCCAGAUUAGAGAAAUGCUGAUGCAGUUUGUCACCAAGGAGAACUGCCUGAUGCUGGCCGUGUCCCCAGCCAACUCUGAUCUGGCCAACUCUGACGCUUUAAAGAUUGCCAAAGAGGUCGAUCCUCAGGGUAUGAGGACCAUCGGUGUGAUCACCAAACUGGACCUGAUGGACGAGGGGACGGAUGCUAAGGAAAUUCUGGAAAAUAAGCUGCUUCCACUCAGGAGGGGUUACAUCGGCGUGGUGAACAGGAGCCAGAAGGACAUUGAUGGCAGGAAGGACAUCAAUGCUGCUAUGGCUGCUGAGAGGAAGUUCUUUCUCUCCCACCCUGCGUAUAGACACUUGGCCGACCGGAUGGGCACUCCCUACCUCCAGAAAGUCCUCAAUCAGCAACUGACCAACCACAUCCGGGACACCCUCCCAAAUCUGCGGGCCAAGCUGCAGAGUCAGCUUCUGUCCAUAGAGAAGGAGGUGGAGGAGUACAAGAACUUCAGACCUGACGAUCCGUCUCGCAAGACCAAGGCUCUGCUCCAGAUGGUGCAGCAGUUCUCUGUGGACUUUGAGAAGUGUAUAGAGGGCUCCGGGGACCAGAUUGACACAGCUGAGCUGUCAGGUGGUGCCAGGAUCAAUCGCAUCUUCCAUGAACGCUUCCCCUUCGAACUGGUCAAGAUGGAGUUUGAUGAGAAAGAGCUCCGCAAGGAGAUCAGCUACGCCAUCAAGAACAUCCACGGAAUCAGAACUGGCCUCUUCACCCCGGACAUGGCCUUUGAGACCAUUGUGAAAAGGCAGAUUGGGAAGAUUAAAGAGCCUUGCACCAAAUGUGUGGACAUGGUCAUUUCUGAGCUAGUCAGUACGGUUAGGCAGUGUACCAAGAAGCUGGCUCAGUAUCCCAUGUUGCGAGAGGAGAUGGAGAGAAUCGUCACCCACCACAUCAGGGACAGAGAAAGCCGAACUAAGAACCAGGUGUUGCUGUUGAUAGACAUUGAGUUGUCCUACAUGAACACCAACCAUGAGGACUUCAUCGGAUUUGCCAACGCUCAGCAGAGGAUCAACCAAAUGAACAAGAAAAAAACAGCUGGCAACCAGGAUGAGAUCAUGCCGGAGAGAGGAGUUAGCGAUCGGUUCAAGGUGAUCAGGAAGGGCUGGCUGACCAUCAACAACAUUGGCAUCAUGAAGGGAGGAGCCAAGGAGUACUGGUUUGUCCUCACCGCAGAAUCUCUGUCCUGGUAUAAAGACGAUGAGGAGAAGGAGAAGAAGUACAUGCUGCAGGUGGACAACCUGAAGCUGCGCGAUGUGGAGAAAGGCUUCAUGUCCAGCAAGCACAUCUUUGCCCUCUUCAACACUGAACAGAGGAAUGUGUAUAAGGACUACCGUCAGCUGGAGCUGGCCUGUGAGACUCAGGAAGACAUUGAUGCAUGGAAGGCCUCCUUCCUCAGAGCCGGAGUUUAUCCUGAACGGGUCACGGAGAAAGAAGGAAAGAGUGAUGGCGGUGACGAAAAUGGCUCUGACAACAUAAUGCACAGCAUGGACCCUCAGCUGGAGCGGCAGGUUGAGACCAUUCGUAACCUAGUUGACUCCUACAUGGCCAUCGUCAACAAGACCGUCCGCGACUUGAUGCCGAAGACCAUCAUGCACCUCAUGAUUAACAAUACUAAGGAGUUCAUCAACGCAGAACUGCUGGCCCAGCUGUACUCGUGCGGUGACCAGAACACGCUGAUGGAGGAGUCUCAGGAGCAAGCCAUGCACCGCGAUGAGAUGCUGCGGAUGUACCACGCCCUGCGGGAGGCCCUCAGCAUCAUCGGUGACAUUAGCACAUCAACGAUAACCACCGCCAUGCCGCCUCCUGUGGAUGACUCCUGGCUGCAGGUGCAACGGGGUGGCUCCGGAGGAAGGUCUCCAGCCACCAGUCCAACUCCAAACCGCAGGGCUCCACCGGGACCUCCAGCCCGCCCCGGCUCUCGUGGUCCUCCACCUGGACCUCCUCCUGCAGGAGGACCCCCAGUCCCGUCUCGCCCGGGGGCUUCUCCGGACCCUUACAGCGGGCCACCACCCACCGUGCCCUCCCGGCCUAACCGUGCACCCCCAAGUGUGCCCAGUCGGAGACCCCCACCUUCUCCAACCCACUAGACCUCUGAACUCCUCCCACCCUCCCUCCGUCAGUCCGUCCCACCUCUGGAUGACAGGCCACGGACAACAGUGCCACCUUGCUGUCGUUUUCUGCCACACCCGACCUGAGCUGGUUCCCUUCUCCUGCUCCUACUUCCCCCUUACAACACACACACAAACCGUACACCCCUCUGUUUCACACAGAGAUGCAGAAUACUUGAAACACACCUGCAUGACUGACUUACAACCAUGCUGCACCCUCAGAAUUUAAAUAAACUAUGUAGAAUAUAUAAAGUCAUUGAUACAAUUUUGAGUGUAUGUGCACAUGUGCAUGCACACAUGCUUACAUAAAAACACAUAUUUAUAUAUAUACAAGCAGAUACAUGCAGAAUAUCUGUUCCUGCUGUUAAACCUAAGGUUGGAGACAUUUGCAAACUAAGCAUGACACUUUGCCUGAGUAUUAAUUAUACUCCAGCCUUUCUGACGGGUAUUCUGGCUGCUGACUGAUGUAUUUUUUUCUCUUAUCUCUUAGCAUUUGUUUUAUCAAAUUUUCCUCACCUUGUAUUGCCGACCAUGCUUGAAGAAAAAAAGUGUUUAAUCAAGUGGAUUCAGAGCAGAGUUUUUAAAAAUGGUAGCUACUUUUGGAUAAAAUUACACCAAACAGUAUCAGAAUGUCCACAGUAAAUUCUUCAGGUCACUUAUUUUGGUGACAAUCAUGGAUGGAUUACUUGGAUGGAACGGGCCUACCGGGCACAGGCCCAGGGGUCCAAAGUGUUUAGGGCUCCCCUGGCCUUCACCAGCAAAAUGGCUCUCAAAUGAACACAUACCAAUCAGGAAUGACCAGAAAGAGACACAAAAAGACCACAAACAGACUGCAAAGAGGCACAAAUUAGGCAAAACAAUGACAAAGAGACACAAAGUGACUUCAAAGAGACACAAAACGACCACAAAGAGACACAAAAUGAAUUCAAACAGCCAAAAAACAACAUCAAAAAGACAUAAAAUUACUACAGAGACAUACAGUGACCUCAGAGACACAAAACGACUUCAGACAAAAAACAUUCUCAGAGACACAAAAUGACCACAACGAGACAUAAAAUGACUUCAAACAGACAAAAAACAACUUCAAAGAGACACAAAAUGACCUCAGAGACACAAAACAACCACAGAGUCACAAAAUGACCUCACAGAGACACAAAACAACCACAGAGAGACAUAAAAAUGACCUCACAGAGACACAAAACCACAAAAAGAUGCAUAACAGGUACAAAGAGAUGAAAAACAACAACAACAAAAAAGAGGCAAAACCAUCACAAAGUCUAUGUGUCUCGUUCCUAUGUAGGAGAGGUAGUGGGGCCUUAUAUCUGUGCAUAUCUGUAUCCAUUGUCUUAAACCAGCUGGAUACCAGAGACUUUGUUUUUUAAAUUUUUAUUAACAAUCAGUGUUGUUAUUAGAAAUUACUCUCUAAAAGUGUCACUGAAGCUCUGCUCUCUGGAAGUCGUGGAAAAAUGCUUAUUUUCCUCACAGCAUCUCAGGCUACAAGGUGAAUAAGAAACCCCUCCAUCCUCCCUUUUAGCUCCUCUCCUUUAAAACUCACCCUGGUUGGUUUCCACCCAUCACUUAUGACACAGACUGCACCAUCACUUACACAGCUCAUGCAAGGGAAUAGGGCUUGAAUCUUUCUUUCCCUACUUCUCCUCCUCUUUCUCCCCUUGCACUAGGACUGAAGGAGCGAUCAUCUGAGGGACCUGUUGUUGCCUUCAGAAGGCCUCACUGUCACUAAAUUCCCGUGUUGUAACUUCAUUGUGUGAUUGAAUCAUUAGAGAAUAGUUCACAUAACUGUGUCACAACCAUCUCUCAACAAAACUGCCUUCACAGAAGCUAUGCAACAAAGAAAAUGGUUUCCUGAUUAUUUUAGCUUAAAUAGGUGCCUUGCAUGGCACUCCUCUCCUCCGUACAAAAACAUUGUCACUAAGUUAUCUUAUUAAGGCGGGAUCUAAAUAGAAAGUGCAAUAUAUGAAUUUUGAUUCUGCUGUAUGACAGCAGUCACACAUUUUUAACCAAGAGCAAGGGAAACUGUGGCCUGAGACUGUUAGAUAGCUCCUUAUAUGUCCUGUUCAUUCAGAGGGAAUGAGGUCCCUAAUGGGAGAGGUUUAAAAUGUUUGUAGUGUGUUUUUAAGUCAGCUUCGAUCACAUGAUGCAUCAAAUCUUCGGAUAUACUGGCAGGAAAACAUCUUAUCCAGGUUCAUGAUCUGCCAUUUAUUUUCUGUUUCUUUGUCCCCUUCCUUUUUUCUUUCCUUCCUUCUCUCAGCGGUCACGGGGGUGAGUGAGAACAUGAAAACAGCCACAGUCUAUGCAUAAAACUAUCCAAACACUCCUCCUGUUUCACUCUCACAUCGCUGUCUGAAGGCCUGUGAGUUCAACCUAUCCUUUCACUUGUGUUGCCACCGAACUCUGCCAUCAGUGUGAUGUGUUGUAUUUUGACCCCGAACAAAACUAACCAACCCACCAGCCAUAAAAACCCACCUCUGUACCUCAACUGAUGUCAUUUUAGCCAUUUAAAAACCACCUGAGAAACUUCCCUUGUACAUCUUAGUGCUCCACGACUGCAAGGCAAACACAACAAAGCAUAUUCUACUUAUUAUUUAACAGUAAAUAGUUUAUUAUGGACAUAUCUUAAUGUGUUAUUAUGUAUAUGUGUGGUGCAUCUUAUGGGACUUGUACUUCCACUGUCUAGAGAAUUUAGUCUGCUGAAUAUUUAAAUUAUUAUGAAUAAAUGAGUUUGUGUAUAAGGAAAUAAUAUUUGAAAAACUUAUAAAAAUGUGUAUUGCAGUGAUGUAUAUGGACGUUGGCAGGUUGUUUGAUACUUUAGCUUGUAGCAGAGAGGUUUUUUUUUUUUGUUUGUUUUCUUGUUUCUCUCUGUGUGUAGAAGAGCAGAACGGGACAGUGUGAAUGUGUGAACUCCUGCAGCAGCCAGGUCCUGCAUCUUGUUUAAACUGCUGUGGAUGGAAAGACGAUUUUACCCUGCAGGGCUUCUGUGCUUUGUCAACACAUUAAAAAACCUCAGUGUAUUGAGUGAAGUUUC